UUCAACGAGCAGUCCUGCCGUCUCCUUCUCCUUUCACGACCCAACGGGCCCGACCUCCGUCGAAAUCCCGUGACGAUGAAUGCGACAGACUUGCUCGCGAAUACGCUAUCGUCAGAUGCAAACACGCGUCAAGAUGCUACACAAAAGCUUGAGACGGCCUCCCGGGAGAAUUAUCCCGACUAUAUGCUCAUGCUCUCCAGCGUACUCGUCGAUGAGAACUCCCAGAUCCACAUACGGAAUGCUGCAGGUUUGGCCUUGAAAAACGCUAUUUCUUCCCGCGAUCCUGCACGGGUCGCAGAAUAUGCAAACAGGUGGAUGGUGUUAUCGGUGGAGGCAAAAACCAAGAUAAAAAAUGAUGCUCUCCUUACGCUGGGAUCGACUUCGCCCAAGGCCGGCUCAUUUGCAGCCCAGGUUACUGCUGCGAUAGCGGCGGUCGAGCUUCCUCAUGGCCAAUGGGGAGAUCUCAUCGAAAUUCUCCUUGGAUUUGUGAACACACAGGCCAAUGUUAAUUUGCGGAUAGCAACCUUGCAGGCGAUCGGCUUCAUCUGCGAAUCAAUAAAACCUGAAAUCUUGACAUUGCGUUCGAACGAAAUUCUUACGGCCGUUAUCCACGGUGCUCGAAAAGAAGAGCCCUCUGCCGAGGUUCAAUUAGCGGCGAUCCAUGCACUUUUCAACUCUUUGGAGUUCGUGCGGGACAAUUUUGAGCGGGAGGGUGAAAGGAAUUACAUCAUGCAAGUUGUGUGUGAAGCCACACAGAAUCCCUCCGUCCAAGUUCAAGUCGGAGCCUUCGAGUGUCUCGUUCGCAUCAUGAGCCUUUAUUACGAGAAGAUGACCUUUUACAUGGAACAGGCGUUAUUUGGCUUAACUGUUGUCGGGAUGAAGCAUGCUGAUGAACGGGUUGCCUUACAGGCAGUUGAAUUCUGGUCGACGGUUUGUGAGGAGGAGAUGGAUUUAGCUAUUGAGGCACAAGAGGCUCGCGAAUACGGCGAAGCUCCAGAGACUGAAUCCAAGCAUUUUGCCAAAGUUGCAUUGCCGGAGAUUGUGCCAGUUCUGCUCCUCCUGUUGACAAAGCAAGAGGAAUUCGCGGACGAGGAUGAGUGGAAUGUCUCUAUGGCGGCAGGCACUUGCCUUUCACUUCUCGCAUCUGCGGUUCAAGAUGCGGUAGUUCCUGCUGUCAUUCCAUUCAUCGAAGCUCAUAUCAAAUCGACUGACUGGCACCAUCGGGAGGCGGCAGUUAUGGCCUUUGGCUCUAUUCUCGAAGGCCCGGAUCCCAUCGUUCUUACGCCCCUCGUUACGCAGGCGCUCCCUUUACUUAUCGACAUGAUGACUGAUGCACACACUGAUGUCAAGGAUACUGUAGCGUGGACUUUGGGUCGAAUAUGUGAACUUCUCAUCCAGACCAUCAAGCCUGACGUUCACCUCCAUGCCUUAAUCUCAGCACUCGUUGGCGCGUUAUCGGAUGAGCAUCACCGUAUCGUUGCUAACUGCUGUUGGGCGCUUAUGAAUCUCGCCGACCAAUUGGGUGCUUUCGAUGGCGAUAUUGGUGAGCCUAUCCAGACCGGUCCCCUCUCGCCCUAUACGGAAGGCGUUGUUGCUGCUUUACUGCGUGUGACGGAAAGGUGGAUCUCUCUCUGCGCCUCGAGCAAUGGACUGAUCGAAUUUCCCAGCGGCGGCAAUGAACAUAAUUUCAGGACAGCCGCAUACGAAGCCAUCAGCGCUUACAUCAGUGGCGCAACCGUGGAUGCCAUUCCAGUUGUACAGAAUACUGUUGUGGCCAUCCUAGGAAGGAUGGAGCAACUUUUGGGUAUGCAGAACCAGAUUCUUGGUGUUGAUGACCGCAACAACUGGAAUGAACUACAAGGAAACUUUUGUAGUGUUGUCGUUGCUGUGAUUCGCAAACUUGGGGCUGGCAUUCAACCUUUAGCGGAUCGCAUUAUGACACUACUUUUGCAACUUAUUCAGGCGGCUGGCAGAACGUCGACCGUCUUGGAAGAUGCCUUCCUCACGAUUGGUGCUCUUGCUUCUGCUUUGGAAAUCAAUUUUUCGCCGUACAUCCAGGCGUUCCUUCCUCAUCUUUACCCGGCUCUCAAAGCCCACGAAGAUACUCAACUUUGCACUGUCGCCGUUGGAAUCAUUGGGGAUAUUGCUCGGGCUCUGGGACCUCAGGCCGCUCAAUAUGCGAACGAUUUUAUGACAGUUUUACUUGAAAACCUCUCAAGCGAUGUUCUAAAUCGAAACGUCAAGAUUAGCAUAUUAAGUGGGUUUGGCGACAUUGCAAUGGCAAUCGGUCCAGCUUUUGAACCAUUCCUUGCGACUACUAUGACGGUCCUGAGACAGGCCGGUGCUUUGCAGCCGAAUCCACUGGACUACGAUAUGCUGGAUUAUGUCGGUCAGCUCCGAGAAGGAAUUCUUGAAGCGUACACGGGACUGGUGAGCGGCUUCAAAGGCACUGCAAAGGUUGCUGUUCUCCUCCCUUACGUCGAAUCAAUUCUCGAGCUGAUUCACCGCUGUGCUGCCGAUGAGGACCGAACUGAUCCACAGAUGAAGCUUUCCUAUGGUCUUCUUGGUGACCUGGCUGAAGCGCUCGCCGGGAGCCCUGAAAUGAAGCAGAUGCUUAUGAAACCUUGGAUAGCUCAAGAACUCCGCACGAAACAUAGAAUGCCACCAGAAAUGAACAAAACGCGGCGAUGGGCAAGAGAAAUGGUCAAACUAGCUACGCAAUGA